CUACACAAUCGGUUCAUGCAGUUAGUUUUAUGACACGAAGCGACCGAUAUAUUUACUUUACGAACCAUUUUAACAACUACAAAUAAGUAAAGCAAUUUAACAUUAAUAAUCUGAACUUCUAUUUGCCGGUAGUGUAUGUAAAAAGCGUAUAAAGAAGAAAGCGUCCAUUUAAUUACAUAAUAUGGAACAAAUUCCACCGCCGAAGGAGGUGAAAAUCCUCGAGACUGCUGAGGAUAUUCAAGAACGUCGUCAGCAGGUGCUAACGAGAUAUGACAACUUUAAGGCGGACGCACGCGCCAAACGAGAGAAAUUGGAAGACUCGCGCCGUUACCAGUAUUUUCGUAGAGACGCCGAUGAACUUGAAUCUUGGAUCUUAGAGAAGCUACAGGCGGCUUCUGAUGAAAGUUACAAAGAUCCUACCAAUCUACAGGCAAAGAUUCAGAAACAUCAAGCUUUCGAAGCGGAAGUAUCAGCGCAUAGCAAUGCGAUCGUCGUUUUGGAUAGAACUGGACAAGAUAUGAUCAAUCAUAAUCAUUAUCAAUCGGAGACCAUUCGUCGCAGAUUAGAGGAACUUCAUCGUCUCUGGGAACAACUGUUAUCGAAACUGGCAGAGAAGGGCAUGAAAUUGCAACAAGCUUUGGUGCUUGUUCAGUUUUUACGUCACUGCGACGAAGUUAUGUUUUGGAUUAAUGACAAAGGCAGCUUUUUGACUAGUGAAGAAUUCGGUCACGAUCUUGAGCAUGUUGAAGUGUUGCAAAGGAAAUUUGACGAGUUUCAAAAAGAUAUGGCAUCCCAAGAGUACAGAGUAACCGAAGUUAAUGAACUUGCUGAUAAGUUAUUGCUCGAUGGACAUCCUGAUCGCGACACUAUUGUCACUCGUAAAGAGGAAUUAAACAACGCCUGGCUGCGUUUAAAACAGAUGGCGCUAAUGCGUCAAGACAAGUUAUAUGGCGCUCAUGAAAUUCAACGCUUCAAUCGUGAUUCCGACGAGACAGUCACUUGGAUUGCGGAAAAAGAUGUUGUUUUAUCAUCUGACGAUUACGGCAGGGAUUUGGCGAGCGUUCAGACUUUACAGCGCAAACAUGAAGGUGUCGAAAGAGAUUUGGCCGCAUUAGAGGAUAAAGUAUCCACUCUUGGGCAAGAAGCUGACCGUCUCUGUGGAAUACAUCCAGAUCAUGCCAAUCAAAUUCAAGCUAAACGCGCAGAAAUUGAAGCUUAUUGGGAGCGGCUUACAGCAAAAGCUAAGGAACGUCGUGAAAAAUUAGACGAGUCAUACUUCCUACAUCGAUUCUUAGCAGAUUUUCGAGAUUUAGUGUCAUGGAUCAACGACAUGAAAGCGAUCAUAUCCGCAGAUGAGCUUUCCAAAGACGUAGCCGGUGCCGAAGCUUUGUUAGAGCGACAUCAAGAGCAUAAGGGAGAGAUUGAUGCUCGAGAAGACAGCUUUUCAGCAACGACCGAAGCUGGAAAGCAACUUUUGGAAAAUGGCCACUAUGCGUCCGAAGAAAUUAAAGACAAAUUAACACAGUUAGCGUCUGACAAAAAUUCAUUAUUGGCUUUAUGGGAAGAAAGGCGUAUUUUGUAUGAACAGUGCAUGGAUUUGCAACUGUUUUAUCGUGAUACAGAGCAAGCUGAUACAUGGAUGGCAAAACAAGAAGCAUUUUUGGCUAAUGAGGACUUGGGAGAUUCUCUAGAUUCCGUUGAAGAUUUAAUAAAGAAGCAUGAAGAUUUCGAAAAAUCGUUAGCUGCUCAAGAGGAAAAGAUUAAAGCGCUUGACGAAUUCGCUACGAAAUUAAUUAAUGGAGAGCACUAUGCGGCUGAUGAUGUGGCCCAGAGACGUGCCAUGCUUUUAGAACGACGUUCCGCUUUGAAAGAAAAAACGUUCUUGAGGAAGACCAUUUUAGAAGACGCGUAUAAAUUACAACAAUUUGAACGGGACUGUGACGAGACCAAAGGGUGGAUAAAUGAAAAAUUAAAGUUUGCCACCGAUGACAGUUAUUUGGAUCCUACUAACUUGGGUGGCAAAGUUCAAAAACAUCAAAAUUUUGAACAGGAAUUGAACGCUAAUAAAAAUAGAAUGGAAGAAAUAACGUCAACUGGACAAGAACUAAUCAACUCUGACCAUUAUGCCUCUUCUCGAAUUCAACAACGCAUGGAUGAAAUUGUACAUCUGUGGGAAACUUUAGUUCAAGCAACGGACAAGAAAGGAUCUAAAUUACAAGAAGCAAACCAACAACAGCAAUUCAAUAGAACCGUAGAGGAUGUAGAGUUGUGGCUGUCAGAAAUUGAGGGUCAACUAAUGUCCGAAGACUACGGAAAGGAUUUAACCUCUGUGCAAAAUCUGCAAAAGAAACAUGCUUUGUUAGAAGCGGACGUGGGUUCCCAUCAAGAUCGUAUCGAAGGUAUAAAGGCGGCUGCUCAACAAUUUAUAGAACGAGGUCACUUUGACUCCGACAAUAUCGCUACUAAACAGUCAGGUUUGACUAAUCGCUAUUCUGCAUUGCAAACCCCUAUGGCAGUUCGCAAGCAAAGGCUUUUGGAUUCCCUGCAGGUUCAGCAGCUUUUCAGAGAUAUUGAAGAUGAGGAAGCGUGGAUUCGCGAAAAGGAACCCAUUGCCGCCAGCACAAACAGAGGGCGGGAUCUGAUUGGCGUGCAAAAUUUGAUCAAAAAGCAUCAAGCGGUCUUGGCAGAAAUUAAUAAUCACGAUAGUCGCAUCGCUGCUGUCGUCGACGCGGGCAAACACAUGAUGGAAGAUGAGCAUUUUGCCAGUGACGAAAUUCGUAAUCGAGUAAACACUCUUCAGGAUCAUUGGAUUCAACUUACUGAUAAGGCUAAACAGAGGAAACAAGACCUUGAAGAUUCUCUACAAGCUCAUCAGUAUUAUGCCGAUGCUAAUGAGGCCGAGUCAUGGAUGAGGGAAAAGGAGCCGAGUGUGAGUAACACGGAUUAUGGAAAGGAUGAGGAUUCUUCAGAGGCUUUGCUUAAGAAACAUGAAGCUUUACUAAGUGAUCUUUUAGCGUUUGGCAACACUAUUGAAGCUCUAAAGGAGCAAGCCGGUAGCUGCAGGCAACAAGAACCUCCUGUUGUGGACGUCACCGGUAAAGAGGCAGUUGUUGCUUUGUACGAUUACACCGAGAAAUCACCUCGUGAAGUUUCCAUGAAAAAAGGUCAUUUACUUACUCUCCUAAAUUCAAAUAAUAAGGAUUGGUGGAAGGUGGAAGUAAAUGAUCGCCAAGGAUUCGUGCCUGCUGCUUACGUAAAAAAGGUAGAAGCUGGUUUAACCGCAUCUCAACAGAAUUUGGUCGAUAAUAACUCCAUUCCCGCUCGUCAAGCGCAAAUCAACGCUCAGUAUGAUCAUCUGCUGGAAUUGGCACGUGAACGUCAAAAGAAGCUUAAUGAGACUGUUAAGGCUUAUGUUUUGGUUCGAGAAGCGGCAGAUCUUCAUAACUGGAUUAAAGAUAAGGAGAUGCACGCUCAAGUGCAGGAUGUCGGAGAAGACUUGGAGCAAGUGGAAGUGUUGCAAAAGAAAUUUGACGAUUUCCAAAACGAUUUGAAGGCUAAUGAAGUUCGUCUAGCUGAAAUGAAUGAAAUUGCUAUGCAAUUGGUUUCUCUGGGUCAAACCGAAGCAGCCCUUAAAAUUCAAACACAGAUGGAGGACCUAAAUGAUAAAUGGGCAUCCCUGCAACAAGUUACAACAGAGCGUGCAACGCAACUGGGUUCUGCUCAUGAAGUGCAACGUUUUACCAGAGAUGUUGAUGAAACAAAGGAUUGGAUUCAAGAAAAAGACGAGGCCCUUAACAAUGACGAUUUGGGAAAAGAUCUUAGAAGCGUACAGGCACUGCAACGUAAACAUGAAGGAUUGGAGCGAGAUUUGGCUGCAUUGGGUGAUAAGAUCAAACAAUUAGAUGAAACCGCUAAUCGUCUUGUAACCAGUCAUCCUGAAUCUGCCGAACAAACCUACACAAAGCAACGGGAAAUUAACGAACUCUGGACUCAAUUAACUGCCAAAGCGAAUAGUCGAAAGGAGAAGCUUCUCGACUCCUAUGACCUUCAACGAUUUUUGAGCGAUCAUCGUGAUUUACUUGCGUGGAUUAAUUCAAUGCUUGGUUUAGUAAGUUCAGAUGAACUAGCGAAUGAUGUGACCGGAGCAGAGGCAUUGAUCGAACGACAUCAGGUUAGUAGUUUGACUUUUUUGUGUGUGUGUGUGUGAGCUAAUUUUCUUGUA